AUGGCUGUUUUGAUGUUGAUUUUCAUGAUAUGCGCGACUCGGACAAAUGUCGUCUACACCCUUAUUUUCCUCUCGCUCCUUUUGGUUUUUCUUCUGCUUUCGGGCGCAUACUGGGACCUUGGGGAAGGAAACGCAGUGGUUGGGGAACGAUGUGUAAAGGGGGCUGGAGCUGCACUGUUUGUGGCUAGUUUGCUAGGCUUCUACCUACUCAUCGUUCAACUCUUUGAAUCCUUGGAUUUUCCAUUCCAUCUUCCAGUUGGUGAUCUUGCAGUUAUGUGGAACCGAAAGCAAUAUAAGUAG